AUGGAAAUGCAGCAAAACUGCAGCAUUUCAUGCUUCUGGGAAACUCAGCCUCUUGGUUGUGUGAAGAUCAGUUGUAUCUUUUAUCACAGCAAACCUCGAAAUAUCAAUGGAUUAUUUUUGCCACCAAGUAGCAAUAUCACACCGCAGAAAGAAACUCAGGAAGGCAUUCCACCCCCAACCCAGAGUCAGGAACCUCUGAAACCUCAGGAGAAUAUAUCACGACCCAUUCACCAUCCCUUAGUUUUAAAAACAAACUUUGAGGAAGAAGAGGAGGAAGAAGAUGAACAAAAUGAUGCUUCUAGUUUAUGGACAAAAACUCCUGAAGAAAUUGAAGAAAAAAGAGCAAUAAAGGAGAUGUGUUAUAAAUCUGGUGAAUACUACAGAUUUCAUACUCCUCCAGAUAUUUUAUCAUCUAAAAGCAUAGCCUCUACAGUGGAAAAAGAGUUAGAAAAGCCUUUGGAAAAUGGAAGUGAAUUGCAGGAAGGGGACAGUCUGACAGUUCCAACAAAAUUCAGCCUAUUUGAAAGGCAAGGUGAGAUAAAAGCAUCACUGGAUAGGAAAGCAAGGACUGACACUGCUGCUUUUGAAAAUGGAGGAGGUGACUGCUACAUUCCACAGAAGAUCAUAUUUCCUGGAGUAGAUGAAAAUGAAACUUUAACUGAAGAGAAAGAAAUCACGAUGUUGAAAUGUUCAAAUGCUAAAGAUAACAAGGACAGUCCUCAUCCAAAGCGUUCCCUAACUACCCGACUAGUACCUACAAUGCAUGUAUUAAAUGCUACUGAGAAUAUCAGUGUGAAGUGCAGAGAGGACCCUUCUUCAAUAAAUGAUGUCCAGCCAGUGAGGAAGCCUCAUUUUAAAGGCCUGAAAAAAAGAAAAUGGAUUUAUGAUGAACCAAAGAACUUUCCUGGCCCAGAAAUGCAGAGAGCAGUACAGUCUCCAAAUCCCAAAAAUAAAAUGAGUUACCAUCGCAAUAAUAAAAACAGAAACUCUGAGAAUGCCUCCUAUAUCCAUGGUCAGAGAGAUGCUGUCAGAACUGUCUCAGUGAAUGCACCUCCCCGCAGCAGGCCCACAAAUGGGUCCUACAAUAAAGUUGAUGUUAACAAGGAACCCAAAUUCAACCUCUGUUCAGAUAAAUAUAUGUCAACAUCAUAUAAUGGUUCAGCCUGGCAAAAAAGAAUUCCUUUUUCAAAAACAUAUUCAAAAACUGAAAAGAUAUAUUCAGAGCCAAGAAGAAAUGGGAGGAAGUAAACCUGGAGGUUGAAAAAUGAGAAAAGAGAAAAGUGCCAGAGAUCAUCUGGUUUACAAUCAAAAUGAAAAUUCCAAGAAUGAGA